AUGCAUCAGUCGAAUGGCUCCGAUUCCUCGUUGCAGUCGCAGUCCACGGAGCAGAACGUGCCGCGGCAGCCGGCAGCGUCUCCGGCGGUGGCGCGGCCGCAGCAGUGGCUUCCGAUGCAGUAUCCGGCGGCCAUGGUAAUGCCGCAUCACAUGCUUCCGCCACAGCACUACGCAGCACAGCCGUACUUGCCUUUCCACCACCACCACCAGUACGCGCCGCCGCACGUCCCGCACCAGCACCAGAACGGAUCCGGCGGCGAGAACAAAACCGUCUGGAUCGGCGAUUUGCAUCACUGGAUGGACGAGAACUAUCUUCAUCGCUGUUUCGCUUCCACCGGCGAGAUUUCCUCCAUCAAGGUUAUUCGCAAUAAGCAAACUGGCCUAUCAGAGGGUUAUGGAUUUGUGGAGUUCUAUUCACAUGCUACAGCAGAGAAAGUUUUACAAAAUUAUGCUGGAAUUUUGAUGCCCAAUACAGAGCAACCAUUCCGACUGAACUGGGCAUCAUUUAGCACAGGAGACAAGGGUUCAGAUAAUGUUCCUGACCUUUCUAUUUUUGUAGGAGAUUUAGCUGCAGAUGUUACAGAUAGUUUGUUGCAUGACACUUUUGCUAGUGUGUUUCCUUCUGUUAAAGCUGCAAAAGUUGUUUUUGAUGCCAAUACUGGCCGUUCAAAGGGUUAUGGUUUCGUCAGGUUUGGCGAUGACAAUGAAAGAUCCCAGGCCAUGACUCAGAUGAAUGGUGUUUACUGUUCCAGCAGGCCUAUGCGUAUUGGUGCUGCAACUCCAAGGAAAUCAUCUGGCCAUCAACAGGGAGGCCAGUCAAAUGGUACAUCCAGCCAAUCUGAAGUAGAUUCUACAAACACAACUAUAUUUGUUGGAGGACUCGACCCUAAUGUUUCAGAUGAGGACCUUAGGCAGCCAUUCUCCCAGUACGGUGAGAUAGUCUCUGUUAAGAUACCUGUUGGAAAGGGAUGUGGUUUUGUCCAAUUCGCAAACAGAAAUAAUGCUGAAGAGGCAUUGCAGAAGCUAAACGGGACAACAAUUGGAAAACAGACUGUCCGUCUUUCUUGGGGCCGUAACCCUGCAAAUAAGCAGUUUCGAAUGGAUUUCGGCAACCCCUGGACUGGGGCAUAUUAUGGGACACCUAUUUAUGAUGGUUAUGGAUACGCAUUGCCUCCUCGUCAUGAUCCGAGCAUAUAUGCUGCUGCUUAUGGGGCUUACCCCUUUUAUGGAGCCCACCAACAACAAGUAAGCUGA